AAACAACGAGGAGAGGAAAAUGGUCGUAAACGUACAUUACAACAGUAUCCUACUUUAAUGACGAAUAGUAAAGAUGUCUACCCAUGGACCAAAGCGGCAUUCAUCUUUCGCGGGGAGGACGGGUGUCACUGGCCAGGGUUUGAGGAAUACCACCAAUAAUUCAGUGAAAUCGCGAUUACAUAGGUUUUCCACGAAAACAGGAACGCCCAGCACUGAGCAGAGAGGCAAAGUAGGGAAGAAUUAUGAUAAAGAUUUGGAAGAUAAAUUUCGUUUGAUGCUGCGGGGAAAGUUGGACGAACUUCCGAACCUUCCGAGAACCAUAGUCCGAAUCUUCAUCAGCUCUACAUUCUCAGACAUGAGGGCAGAAAGAAAUAUCUUAUCUCGAGAGGUUUUCCCAAAGCUGAAACAGUUUUGCUUGUCCAAGGAUCUAGAUUUUCAGGUGGUGGAUAUGAGGUGGGGUGUAACAGAGGAUUCCCAGAAUGACCACAGUGUGGAAAAAAUCUGUCUACAGGAAGUUGAGAACUGCCAACAGAUGUCGCUAGGACCCAACUUUGUGGCUAUCAUUGGUAACAGAUACGGAUUUCGUCCUAUUCCCACGGAAAUUGCUGAAAAAGAUUUCAAGCUGUUAAAAUCGUUUGUAACGGAAGACGUUGAUGCUAAACUGCUUGACACGUGGUAUAAACUAGAUGAAAACUGCCAGCCUCAUCAGUAUGUUCUACAGCCAAUCAGUUCUCAGUUUUCCUUUUUUGCGGAUUUUUCUCCUGGGUGUGAUGGUCAUCGUGCUAAACAUGCGAAAGAAUGGAACCGCACCCUCUCUGACUUACAAAGAAUCUUAAGACAUGCAGCACAACUUGCUUACCAUUCUAAGAAAUUUACGGAAGCUCAACUGCAUGAGUACUUUUACUCAGUGACUGAGAUAGAAAUGCGGAAGGGAAUACUAUCAGUAGACGAUCCAGCAUCACAAUCAGCUGUGUUCUCUCGUGAUAUAACUGGAUUUUCUGACUUUGACGAUGCUCAAACGAUGCGUUUUAUUGACACGGCUAGAAAAAAUGGGAAGAAUGAUGUCAACUCAGAAGUACAAAGAUUACAGCGAGAUCUGACGGAAAAGUUAACAUCAAAAACAAAAAGCAGACACACACACAAGCACACCGUUAUCUGGCAGCCACAAGGAAUCAACCCUGAAAUAUACCAGGAGCAUGCACUAUACUUAAAUGAGUUUUGUGAGGAAUUUUACAAUGAUUGUAUCAAGAUGAUUGACUUAGCACUUGAGAAAAGAAGAUCCCAAAUUCGGAAAAGAGAAUUUCGGAGUAAGUUUCCGGAUGUGCUUCAUCACCUUCAUUUUUGUAGAACAAAAUGCAGAACAUUCUGUGGGCAAGAUAUUGUUCUAAGGAGGAUGAAAGAAUACAUCUUGGAUGUCAGCAUGAACAAACCACUUGUUGUGCACGCUCCAUCAGGGAACGGGAAAACCUCGGUUUUGGCGAUGGUGAUGAAGAACCUACGUGGCUGGUUGACAGACGAGAACUAUAUUGGAAUCAUAAGAUUUUUGGGAACUUCCGGAUUGUCUUUGAACGUCUAUGAUGUAUUGGUAAGUUUGGUUAGACAGCUGUCUGAUGUCUCUGGAAUUGGGAUGGAACCUAUUGGUUACAAGAAGAUGAAAAACUUACUAGAGUAUUUGCCAAGGUUUAUAAGAAGGGUUGCAAACAGUUUAAAGAGGCCAGUAAUAAUCCUUCUUGAUUCAAUAGAUCAGCUUUCUGGGGAGCACGGUGCUUACAAUAUGAAAUGGUUACCAUUGUCAUUACCGCAGAAUGUCAAAAUCAUUGUAUCGACGCUUCCAAAAGAACAUGGAAUUUUAGAGAAUAUAAAAGCCUUGCUGCCAGAUUCAAACUGUUACUUAGAAAUAAAUGACAUGCCAUUAGACACGGGCAAAGAAAUCACAGAGAAUUACCUAUCUAUGAAAAACCGAUCACUCACGAGUAUCCAAGAAAAAGUAUUGAUGAAUGCUUUUUCGAAAUGUCCAUCUCCCUUGUUUUUGAAGUUGAGCAUUGACGAGGCAAUGAAGUGGAAAUCCUACACAGAAGAGCAUAAUUUGGUUUUGCAGGAAACAGUUGAGGGUGCUAUUAACAAGCUGUUUGAGAAUAUCGAGGUAAAAUUCGGGAACGUCAUUGCAAGCCAUGCCCUUGGUUACAUCACCAUAGCAAGAGAUGGCAUCUCUGAGAAUGAGUUGGAGGAUGUUUUAUCCUGCGAUGACGAGGCUUUGGAUGACGUGUAUCGUUAUCACAACCCACCUGUAGACGGCAUCGUAAGGAUCCCUCCCGUUUUAGUCGCUCGAAUAAAGUACGACAUUAAAGAGUACAUAGUAGAAAGAUUGUCGUAUGAUAAGUACACCAUGAACUGGUACCACAGACAGUUUACAAAAGUUGCCAGAGCCAGAUACACAUCGGGGGCACAAGGGGAACUGCUGCACAAGAAUCUCGUUGAAAUAUUCAUGUGUGAGACGGGAGUGAAACGAGAUAUUGUAUUGUCGAGAAGAAAACUUACCAUUCCAAAUGCAGACAGACAGGUGACGCUACAGCCUAUUUCAGAGCGCAAUGGAAGAAUGCUAUUCUGUCUUCCAUAUCAUAUGAUCAAUGCAAGAAAAUCUUUAUCGUUGCGACAAGCGAAAGAUAAAUGCUUAUGCAAUUUCAAUUUCAUUCGAUUCAAAAUAGCAGCGUUUUCAACGGAUACGUUCGUAAAUGAAUUGAAUGAGUUCCUACUAUUUCAAGAGGAUGAAGAAUUGAAAGCAUUAAGAGACUUUUUGGCUUCAUCGAAGAAAGGUUUAAUAUAUCCUAACAAAUUAGCAGUCAACCUUUUGGAAUACGUCUUUGUUGAUUCUAAGGACGUUUCUUUGCAAAAUUUGCUUAACCAAGCUGCAGAUUUUCUAAGAAAGCAAAUCAAUACCACUUUGAUCCCGGUCUAUCCAGGACUAGCUCCACGACUAGGAGUCUCUGCGGCAAUUAUCAAUUCCUAUGUGGAUGUAGAUAGUAUCGUUUCCUAUGGUCAAGAGGUUGUUUUGGUGAAAGAUUCCUCGAAGACAGAUGAAGAUGAUACUGUUUCCCCUUAUAAGGUGUAUUACGAAAGUUCCCAGGAAUUAAUUGAAGUGGAUGUCCCUUAUAUCCUGGAGGAAGAGCAUCAACCAAUCGUUGAUGGUAAUGGUCACUUUGUGAUCUUCACUUCACAAGACUCAGUGAUUCUCACUGAUUUGAUUGAAAAUAUUAAAAUCCAAAAGCAAUUUCAGAAUUUGGAUAAUGGAGUUUCUUCAAAGCGGAAAAUUAUUUGCAAAAGGGUCAGUACAGAUACCAAACAUUUGGUUAUGUUAUUUGAUGAUGGAGAUAUUAUCCUGUUGAAAAUCAACAACCUAGAAGUGAUGAAUAGAUGGACUUUACAUGGCAAUGUAGCAGAUGUUGUAGAUAUCGUCUGUACAGAACAUUUUACGGUGCUUGUAAUUAGUUCAGACAAGGAUAAUAAUAGAUGCGGUGUGCUUCAGGAAUAUACCAAGGGAACAUGCGUUCCAAACCAAUACUGCUUUGAUUUUCAGUUAAGCAGUAACUGUUAUGGAUUAUCCAAAGGAGAUUGCAUCUUCAGUGUUCUGGAUUUCAAAGACGAAAUCUGGAAGAUGGUUCGUGUUAAUCUUCACAGUAAGAAAAUCCAGGCACCAAUUAAACUCCAGGAUCGUUUCCAACGCAUUUCGUGCUCAAAUUCAACACCCUUGGUUUGUGCGUGGUCCGACGAUAAUAAAGUUGUUGUUCUUGACGUAGAAAAGGGCACACCAAUAUUCAAGAUUACAGUAAGUAAUCGAGUUACGUGUGCUAAAAUCAGUGGAAGAGAAUUCACUUUGCUCUUAGGAGACAAUGACGGAAACAUUGCUUUGUAUGAUGCCAGAAAUGGCACCCUGUGUACGAGUGUUAAAGCUGAUGAUUGUGGAAUUCAACAAUUGAUCAUUUUGGAUGAUGUUUUCAUUUCUCGCAGCAGAAACAAAAUGUUAGUGUGGUCCACUAAGUCUCUCUUAGAGAAACUCCUAAAAGUAGCUGACGAAGGAUGUUUUUCAUCUUCGCAGCGCUUACUGGAUCAACAGUCAAUAACUAACAUCUCUUUGCCUUAUGGUAGUCAUGAAUUUGUUACCGCAGAUAAAAAUGGUAUGCUGAAAGUUUGGAAACUUCGAGACGGUGGCUUCAUAAAAGAAUUUCCUAUCAAUAUGGUGGCUAAGAAAAUAUUGAUGUGCGGAAAUGAAAUAUGCUGCGUACUUGGUGAAAAUAAAGAACUCAAAGUCUUUCACCUGCAAAAGUCAGAAAUCUUGGAAUUUGGACUGCCGAAAGAUGUCUACGAUGUCACAGUUGGUAAAGAUUUAACGACAUUGUAUACACUUGGAAUGAAUGGAAAUUUUCUUCAUAUAACAAUUAUUGAUUUGAAACAGAAGACCAUACGAAAGUCAUUUCCUAUCCAGUCCAUAGUGAAGUUUGAGAAUCUGGACAUUUGUCUUAGUCAGAGCGAGAGAUAUAUUUGCCUGCGGCUGAAAGUUGUACCUGAGGAGUACGAAAAUAUCAAAACUUUGUGUGAAGAAAGGUCAUAUUUACCACAAGUUCAUCCACACAAAUUCAUGGCAGUUGAUUUACAACAGGCUACCGGAGGACUGAUGCCUUGUGUAAGAAAUUUCAGUCCUAUUCCUCACCUAGGAGAAGACAUAUGCCCUCACAUAGGCAAUUCGAUGAUUAUCAACAACAGGCAUUGGGUCACCUUUUGGGACAUCCCGACAGGAAAAUGUCGUAGACGAGCGAAAGAUAAAGAACAGUCGUCAACUCGACGUCAGUGGUUUGAAAAUUUUAAAGAAUUCAAGGGUUGCAGUAAAGCACUAGCUCAGAGCAAAGAUGGUCGAAUUAUGGCUUUAGGGAUGCUCAGUGGUUACGUGUUUCUGUUUGACGUUGUAACAGCUUAUCCAGUUGGUGAAAAGUUACCUAUCACUAAACAUGCAGCACCGGUAUUGAAAGUUGUAUUCUCGCCAGACAGUCGUUGGUUAGCUUCUGCUUGUCAGCAUAACAAAAUCAAAAUGUGGGACACUUCUAACUCCUCAGAGGUCUUCAGCACUUCAGUAGACGGGAAUGUGCUGGAAAUGAAAUUCUCCUCGGAUUCCGUGCACCUGCUAAUAUUAUCCGGUAGACAGUUCUCACGCAUAUUGAUAUACAGGGUACAUACCGACGAAAGUGGCUCACUCAUUUCUGGAGUUAAAAACUGAAAGGGUUUUGUUCUCUAGUGUUCAGUUUGACAUUAAUCCGGAAUCGUGCAUGACUUAUCUUACGAAAACUUGCGGAUGUUAGUGCUCUAUGUUAGUUAUACUGCUGGGCACAUUGAACUGUGCUUUGAUCGGAAACUUGAAUAUGAACCUAAAACUUCAGUCUUAUCAUGUCCUUAAAUACACAGUAGUCAUGUAUUAGGUACUAUUUUCAGUCAAUAUUGUUCGUGUUCUUUAUUUUGACUGUGUGCCAAUACAUGUAUAUCAAUAAAGUGAGUAGAAGUAAAUCGAAAA